AUGCAAUGUGAUCCCCAAUGCUCCGACUAUAGCGCCUGUACUUCAGCCUGUCCGGUGGAGACCUGUGACAAUUUACUGGACCAAGGAGAAGCAGCUCGUAUCUGUCAUCAUGAGAACUGUGUAGAGGGCUGUCUAAUUAAACCCUGUCCUCCGGGACAAAUUUAUUACAAUGAUACUUACACCGCGUGUGUAUCGAAGACAGAGUGCCGACCCGUGUGUCUGGUGAAGGAUGAUCGCAAAUACUAUGAAGGUGAUGUUACUUACUCGGACGACUGUGCCACUUGUCGGUGUUCAAAGAAGAAGGAGAUUUGCAGUGGCAUUCCAUGUCCACCGACUGUAACUACCACAGAGUCACCAAUUAAGGUGACAGGAUCAACUGAGGAACCGAAUCAGCAAGGUGGAAAGAAUUGCAUACACGGCUGGUCACGUUGGUUUGAUCGUGGUUCCAAUGUGGGAGGCAUUAAUCUCAAUGAUCUGGAACCACUGCCCAAGUACGAUAAAUUUGAGUCUAUCUAUGGUACCUGCGAUCGCGAGUACAUGAGCCACAUCGAGUGUCGUGUGAAGGAUAGCAAAGUUCCUUUCGAUUUGGUGGACGAUAAUGUUGUGUGCAAUCUGGACAAGGGUCUGGUUUGUGUGGGCAAGUGUCAUGAUUAUGAGAUACGUGUAAAGUGUCAAUGCGAUGAGCAGGGACGCACUACGCCCAAACCGCCGACGACGCCUCCACCCACAGAGCCAUGUGAUCCGGACAAGGGACUGUUCAAAGAGUAUCCUGGCGAUUGCCAUCAGUAUCUACGUUGCAUGCGAAAAAUCGGAGUGAGCCAAUGGUUUUGGGUGAGCGGCACUUGUGGCCCUAAUCUGAUGUUUAAUCCAUCGAUUGGAACCUGCGAUCAAAUUGCCACAGUCUCUCGCAUUAGAUCCGAAUGCCGCAAGACCACAGAUCCUUGUACGGAUGAUCAACAGUGGUCCGAUUGUGCCAAUCAAUGCGAGCACACGUGUCACUUCUUUGGCCAGCAACUGAUCCGACGUGGUCUCUGUAAGCCCAACGAGCAUUGCAAGCCCGGUUGUGUGCCUAAGAAGCGACCCGAUUGCAAGGCUCUAGGCAAGUUCUGGCGCGAUGAUGCGACUUGUGUGGACAAGGACGAUUGUCCGUGUCUAGAUGACCAUAGAGACGUGUAUGUUAAGCCACAUGAUACUAUCAUCACUGCACAAUUCGAUUGUCAAUGUGUUUAUAAUCGUUUUAUCUGUGUGCCCAAGGAAACAACCACAGAGACCCCCCCCAUUGGAGGUAAUGCAACAACCACACCUGUGCCAAUCUUACCCACUACCCUGACCCCACCAAUACUAUGUCCACCUAGCAGCUUGAUACGCUUGUUUACCAAGGGACCGACUAUAAGAGAUGAUGCUUUUACAGCUUCCAGUCACUUGAAUGACAAGUAUAAGCCACAUUUGGCACGUCUUCAUCGGAAGCCAAAGCUAAAUGAUGGUGCCUGGUCACCACAAGUUAGCGACAAGUCUCAAUAUUUGCAAUUGAAAUUUGAGAAUCCUUUGGCUAUCUAUGGCCUUCUCAUUGCUGGUGAUCCACACUUUGAUAACUAUGUAACACUCUUUAAAGUGGUAUACUCGUUGGAUGGUCAGAGCUUUCAUGAGGUAAUCGAUAAUACGGGGCAAGUGCAAUUGUUCCGUGGACCAAAGGAUUCAAGGGCUGCCAUAGCACAGGUCUUUGAGCGACCCAUUGAGGCCAUUUCAUUGCGUCUCUAUGCCCUUAAAUGGCAAAAUACCAUCGCCCUACGAGUUGAUUUCCUAUUGUGCAACCAUUUGCCAAGCACGACAUCGAAGCCACCAAUACUCACCACUCCGCUGCCACCGACUAAGCCACCUACUUUCAAAUUGAUUUGCGAGGAUCCACUGGGAGUUAAUAAUGGAGCUCUGAGACAACAUCAAGUGAGUGCCAGCAGUAUUUGGCUGUCCUCAUUGGUGGAUAGCCAAACGAGUUUGUUGGAUCUACUGAAAUUCAACAAUCAGCUGGGAUGGCGUCCAUUGGCCAAUAAGGUGGAUGAGUUUGUGGACUUUGAUUUCCUGCAGCCUCGUAAUAUUACGGCCAUACAGACGCGAGGAGGCAAAAGUGGUUGGGUCACCUCAUAUCGUGUGCUGUUCUCGUUAAAUAAACAAAUUUGGAAUGAAUUGCCGGGACCGAAUGAUAAAUCACAGAUUUUCAAGGGCAAUCAAGAUUCCCAAAAUGAUUGGCGAAAUGACUUUGAGCGUCCAAUCGUGACACGUUAUUUGAGACUGAUACCAACAACCUGGGAGCAUAAUAUUAAUUGGCGUAUCGAACCGAUCGGUUGUUUCCUGCCAUAUCCAAACACUACGGAUCCCCCCCCAGUGAAAUGUGCAAUUUGCGAUGGUUUCGAGUUACCUCAAGGAUCCCAGGAAUGUCCCUGUCAGGAUGGACUCUUCUGGAUGGGAACAAAAUGCGUAGAACGCAAUCAUUGCCCCUGCAUUGAUAACUUCACUCCAUAUCAGAUUGGCAGCAAGUUUGAGAACAAAAAGUGUGAGGAAUGCGUCUGUCUACUGGGAGGCAUCAUCAGUUGCAAGGCCAAAAAGUGUCCGCCAUGUCGUGAGAAUACAAGACUUGUACAGAACGGUUGCAAUUGCGAGUGCCAAUUGUGUCCUCCAAGCACACGAUUGUGUCCCACCAGUGGUGAUUGCAUUCCCAGCGAAUGGUGGUGCAAUGGUGUCCAAAACUGCGCCGACGACGAGGAUGAAACCUGCGAUUCCAAGGUCACCACAAUUAAGCCACCCACUACCCCAAAACCACCUCCGGAAUGCCCACAAAUUGUGUGCCCCCCUGGCUAUGACAUAAAGAUCACAGGGAAAUCGCCAAAAGCAUUAUCUUCAAUGUUCCUGUUUGGUUUCAAAGAAGACGAUGAAGUGCCCGAACAAUUGGAGGUGCUGCAGGAGUGGCUUGGCACACUGAAAUCUUCACCUAACGAAGAAGUAGCAUCUGCAGCGUAUAAAGUAAUUGCUUCAUUGGAUGCCAAUAAACUAGAGGAAUGGAGAGAAGACGAGCUGGCCAAAAAUCAAGUUAAGGCCGAAACAUUGACACUGGAACAAUUGGAGAUAAACGAAUUGCCCUUGAUUCCUGGCCAACCGGAAAUAGAAUCGAAUAUUUUACUCAAGUCACCAUUUGGCAUAGAAGAGUUAUUGGAAAAAACUCAAGUUGUGGAAUCAACAUAUCCAGAUAAUCUUUCUCAGGAGGAUCCCUUGGUGGAGGAGCAACUUGAAACUGAUAUGAAAUUCGUUUGGAAUAGUGGUCGUUUAACCGGAUCGGGCAUAAGUUUGUAUGGAAAUGACUUCAAGUUGCCACCAGAGCUCCAAGCAUUGCUGGAUCUCCAGAUAAAGGUGGGUGAAGACAUUGAUAUGCAGUAUUGCACUGCUUUCUGUUGCCUGCCUCAGCGCCGGAAUGUCACAAAAUGUGAAGAACCCAAAUGUCCACCUGGCUAUGAGCCAAAGGUAGAUGAGACAAUAAUUCCAGCCGGAUCUCGCCAAUGUCCCACUUUCUCGUGCAGGCGUAAACGCGUUCCGGAUGAUACUUGUGACAUAAAUGGACGGCUUUUUAGGACCUUUGAUGGAACCAUCUAUAAAUAUGAUAUCUGUAGCCAUAUCUUGGCUCGUGAUAUCCGUGGUCAACGCUGGUCGGUCCGUGCCCAGUUGCAGUGCGCUCAGAAUCAAAACAAUUGUGGUUCAAAGACUGUGAUCAUAGAGGAUAAAUUGGCUGGCAAUACGCUGACCAUCUUACCCAAUCAGAGGGUAAUAUUUAAUGGUUACGAAUUCGAUGCCCGCAAUCUGGCCCAGAGUAGUGCCUUGAGACGAUCCUUCUUCAUUACCCACAUAGGAGAGACAAUUGUUGUCGUGUGUCGUCAACACAAAUUUUGGGUUCAGUAUGGAGUUAAUGGCAAUAUACUUUUGGGUGUUUCCCAGGAUCUUCUUGGGUAUGUGGAUGGUCUUUGUGGUUUCUACAAUGGACAGCUGUUCGAUGAUAAGCGUACGCCCGCUGGUUUGCUAUUGAUUGGCACUAAAGAUUUCGGUGACAGUUGGUUCGAUCGCAAAUUGUCAUUGGAUCAAUGCCGACCCCAAGUGUGCCCGGUCGAUCUGCAGCAACGUGCUCUACAAUUGUGCAAUACAGUGAGACAUCCGUUGUUCGAUGCCUGCAGCAAAUCGGUGAAUAUACAGGACUACUUGGACAAGUGCGUGGAAAGUGCUUGUCAGUGUCUACAGAUCAAUAAUGGCGCCGAGGGCAACUGUCGCUGUGAUCUUCUCCAGCAAUAUGUACGCCAAUGUUUGGCUGUUAAUCCCCAUUUACAGUUGACCACUUGGCGUAGUGUACAUCGUUGCCCGCAGCCUUGUCGGCCACCACUGAUCCAUUACGACUGCUAUAAGCGACGCUGUGAACCACACUGUGGUCCACAAACGAGAUCCACAUCUGUAUGUCCAACCGUGCCGAAUACUUGCUUCCCCGGGUGCUAUUGUCCCGAGGGCACUGUUCGAAAUGGCGAUGAUUGUGUUCCGGUGGAUGAUUGCAAGGAUUGCAAGUGCACCAUGUUCGGUGGCAACAAAUUUGUUACCUAUGACAGGACUAGCUAUAGCUUUAAGGGCAACUGUACAUAUUUAGUAUCCCGCGACUUACUUCUGCCUGGCAGCUAUAGUUUCCAAGUGUAUGUAACCAUUAAGCCGUGUGGCUUGGCCAAUUUAGAGAACUGUGUCCAGGCCCUGCAUGUAACUGCCGGGGAGCAUACAUUGCACAUCGAAGGAACCACGAAUAGAAGUGUUCAUGUGAUUGCCGAUGGCUAUUUCAUCACUUUAUGGCCACAUCAAGCCCCUUGGCUGAGAGUGCUGCAGGAGAGAGAAGGAGAGCUUGUAGUCCAACUCAUUCAGGCCAAACUGGAAUUGACACUGAAACUAGAUACAAUGCAAUUCCUGCUAACCGUGCCCUCAGUGCGUUAUGGCAAUCGUAUGGAAGGUCUUUGUGGCAAUUGCAAUGGCCUGUCCAUAGAUGACUUGCAGAUCAAUCAACAAAAGAAGCCCGAUAAGAAGCCCAAGUUUGAUCUACUUGAUUUUGUGACCAGUUGGCAGAUAAGUGAACCACGUUUGGGCAUCGAUACACAGAAGUGCAAUGAUCAGAACAGUAAGAUUUGCAAGCCUUUGCCUCGGGAAAAGAAUUUGUGCUACCAAUUGAUUGUGAAUUCUGGAAUCUUUGGUCGAUGUCCCUUGCUGGUCAAUCCCUUGGCAUAUAUACAAGUCUGUCAGCAGGACACAUGCUCGGAUGGCUCGGACAAAAGAGAUAUCUGCGAUGCUCUAACUGCCUAUGCAGCUGAAUGUAAUGCCGUUGGCAUCUGCGUCGAUUGGCGUCCUUUGGCCCAAUGUCCAGCUCAGUGUCCGGCUGGUUUGACAUAUAAACCCUGCGAUUGUUAUGUCAACUGCGAAACCGGCAUUGUUCGGGAGGAUAAGAUAAAUCAGAAGCUCCUACGCCAGGAAAGAUGUCUACACACCAGCCGUUAUGAGGGCUGUUUCUGUCCCAAUGAUCAGGUAUUGCACCAUGGCAAAUGUGUGCCACCCGGUCAGUGCAUAAGCUGUGGCGAUGGACGUCAUGUCGGUGAUCUCUGGCAACCAGACAAGUGCACCAAGUGCACCUGUUUGCCCAGCGGUCAAGUUAGCUGCGAGAAGGAGCAGUGUGUUCAGGCCAAGGAUGUAAUUUGCCAGAAGGGCUACAAGGUUCAAGUGCAGAAUCUGGAGUUUAAGUGUUGCCCAGUGUAUAGCUGCAUUCCGGAUAUCGUUAAACCGGGUCAGCAAUGUGAAGAACCGAAGCUGCCCAACUGUGGUCCCAAUCAGAACAGACGUGUUGACAAGGAUAUAAAUGGAUGCCCUGUUUACAUUUGCGAAUGCAAACCUUUGGAUCAAUGUGAGCCAUUGAAAGUGAUUCAACUGAAGCCAGGGGAAGAACUUCAUCCCCUAAUCACUGGCUGUUGUCCUGAUCAAAAAGUUGUGUGUGUGCCCAGCAAAUGCCCGAAACAUCCAACGGUUUGCCCGCAACCACAUUAUGAGAUCGUGUCCUCGUUGUUGCCCGGAGACUGCUGUGCUUCUUACCAAUGUGUUCCACCCAAGGACAAAUGCUUGAUUACCGACAACGGCCAAGUUCAGGCUUACAAGCCGGGAGACCAAUGGCAACUGCCUGGCAAACCAUGUGUCUCAUAUGAGUGCGUCAAUAUAGACAAUACCAUCCAAGUGGUCAGCACUGUGCUCACCUGCAUCAAAGAAUGCAGGCCUGGGUUUAGUUACGUGCAUAAUGAAAAUACCGACAAAUGUUGUGGCUCCUGUGUCCAGACGAGUUGCGUACACGACGGAAAAAUCUACAAGCCGAACGAGCAAUGGCAGAGCUUGGACAAAUGCAUCAUAUACACAUGUGUUCCCCAUGGUGGACUGUUGAUUAUCCAUGAGAAGCAGGAGAUAUGCCUAGAUGUAAGCAAUUGUCCGCCUGACCAACUGGUAGAUGAUGGCGGUUGCUGUAAGCGGUGCAAAAAUCCACCACCACCCAAAAGGGUUAACUGCCAAACUGUAAGUGUGCCCUAUGAAAGGACAAUCAACCUGAUUGGUUACAAGAGCCCUGACCAUGGACAUUGCUCCAAUAAGGAACCUAUUCGUGGUGUGACCCAGUGUGAAGGAGCUUGUAGUUCGUCGUCCAAGUACAAUCCAAUAAACGAAAAGUAUUUGGAUUCGUGCAGUUGCUGCAGGGCUAAUAGCCUGAUUAAGGUGUCAGUAAAGGUGCAGUGCGAGGAUGGAACUUCCCAGGAACACUUCUUGGAUGUGCCUAAAGAUUGCAGCUGCGAACCGUGUAGACAUGACGAAUUGCUUGAAGUAAAGCCCCGUCCUGUUCCAACCGUUCAUGAUAAUGAGGAGUCUGAUGAAGAACUAGAUCUGCAAACGCUUUUGCAGCAGUCAUAACACUAAUUAUUAAAAUGUAAAAACUCUGAAAAAAAAAACUUCAUUACCUAAGGCAAAACAUAGAAAAUAUAUUCAUUCAUUUAAAA